GGAGGGGGAGGGGUAUUGGGGAAAUCUGUGAAAACUGAGAGAUCGAUCGAUCAAGAAGGGAGUCCGACACCAGACGGCCUCCUCCAUCCGUUUCCGGAACAACACACGAUUGUUCAUACUCGAUCAGAGGAGAGAAAUAACAUGUGACACACAAUCCAUUCCUUAAAAAGAAUGUGAACUUUAUGGUGAGACCUACAAAAAGACGAAAGUUGGAACUUAAAAAUUGGACAAAGGGAGUAUGAUUUUUGCAUUGGAAAAUGUUCAAGUAGUUUUUUUGGUAACUUAUAAAUACCAAUUGGCAUUUCAUAUUUGUGCAGUCUAGGUAUGCUGGAACAGCACACGGGCAAUAGACCUCCUGCCAGUGGGCAUUCAUCUGCUGGAAGUGAUUAUAAAAUUGAUUUGACAAGUUUAGUAGUCGGCUUCAGGCACUAUAUGCUCAUUGGAAUGAAUAUAGAGAUGGUAUUUGGGGUUGUUCUAAUGUUCUAGCUAUAGCAACACCUGAUGACUCGAGGUACUUGAAAUCUUCUGCCAUGAGUAUUUGGUUGCUUGGACACGAGUUCCCAGAAACAAUUAUGGUUUUCGGAGAAAAGAGGAUCUAUUUCUUAUGUAGCCAAAAGAUAGCAUCCUUGCUUGAUGCUGUGACAAAAACUGCUCAAGGCGUUGUUGGUGCUGAUAUUGUCAUGCACGUGAAAUCCAAAAGUGAGGAUGGUACUACACAGAUGGAUGCUAUUUUCAAUUCUAUCCGUACACAAAUGAAGUCACCUGUGGUUGGGUACAUCGCAAAAGAGGCCCCUGAAGGUAAACUCCUUGAGACGUGGGAUGAUAAGUUAAAGAAGUCUGGGCUGCAGCUUGGUGAUAUAACACAUGGAAUAUCUGACAUCUUAGCUUUGAAAGACCAUAACGAGAUAACAUGUGUGAGGGAUGCUGCUUCAUUGGCUGCUACUACAUUAAAGCUCUUUGUUGUUCCAGAGCUUGAGACAGUCAUAAAUGAGGAGAGAAGAGUAACACAUUCCUCACUCGCCAACAAGACAGAAAAGACUAUGCUUCAACCACAUAAAUUAAAAUUGAAGCUGAAUCCUAAGAAUAUUGAUAUUUGUUACCCGCCCAUCUUCCAGAGUGGUGGGAAAUUUGACCUCAGACCGAGUGCUAUUAGCGAUGAUGAAACUCUGUAUUAUGAUUCUGCCAGCAUAAUCAUAUGUGCUGUUAGGUCUCAAUACAACAAUUACUGCUCAAAUGUUGCUAGAACAUUUCUGAUUAAUUCGACUUCAAUGCAGAACAAGGCUUAUGGAGUGCUUCUCAAAGCCCAAGAGGCGGCAAUUGCUGCCCUGAAACCAGGUAACAAGAUCAAUGUUGUUUAUCAGGCGGCACUUGCUGUGGUUCAGAAGGAUGCCCCCGAACUGGUUAGAAACUUAACAAAAUCAGCAGGAACAGGAAUCGGUCUCGAGUUUCGAGAGUCAGGAUUGCUGCUAAAUGCAAAAAAUGAUAAACUGCUGAAAGAAGGAAUGGUCUUUAAUGUCUCUCUGGGCUUUCAGAACCUGCAGGCUGUGACCAGCAAUCCCAAGAGUAGGAAUUUCUCACUUCUUCUUGCAGACACAGUGAUUGUAACAAGGGAAAGCCCCGAGGUUGCAACCCGGCUGAUCUCCAAAGCUCUCAAGGACGUGGAAUUUUUAUUCAACAAGGACGAAGAGGAAGAGAAGCAUGAAUUCAAAGCCAAUUCGAUUGGCAAGGAAGCUUUGCGUUCGAAGGCAACGCUUCGCUCAGACAAUCAAGAGAUAUCAAAGGAAGAGCUGCGGAGGCAGCACCAAGCGGAACUAGCGCGGCAGAAAAUUGUAGAAACUUCUAGACGUCUUGCGGGUGAAGGUGCCACUAGUGGAGAUAAUCGGUCAGCUGUUCGGGCUUCAAGUGAACUUGUAGCCUACAAGAAUGUCAAUGAUCUACCACCACCUCCGAAAGACAUGAUGAUCCAGGUUGACCAGAAGAAUGAAGCUCUCCUUCUACCUGUAUAUGGAAGCAUGGUGCCUUUCCAUGUCUCUACUGUGAAGACCGUGACAAGUCAGUCUGACACUAAUCAUAACUCUUACAUUCGAAUCAUCUUCAUUGUUCCAGGCAUGCCUUUUGCACCCACUGAUGUAAGUUCUGUGUCAAAGAAUCAAUCAGCCAUUUAUCUGAAGGAGGUUUCAUAUCGUUCCAAGGACUCUCGACGCAUAAGUGAAGUGGUCCAGAGGAUUAAAACACUGAGACAGAAUGUCGUGCAAAGGCAGUCUGAAAAAGCUGAGAGAGCUACUUUAGUCACUCAAGAGAAACUUGUACUAGCUGGAAAUAGAUUUAAGCCGGUCAGGUUGUCUGACUUGUGGAUACGUGCCUCCUUUGGCGGUCGUGGUAGAAAGCUUCCCGGCACUCUUGAAGCUCAUGUGAAUGGGUUUCGAUAUUCUACCUCAAAAGAUGUACAUAUUGACAUCAUGUAUGUCAAUGUCAAGCAUGCCUUUUUCCAGCCAGCAGAGAAAGAAAUGAUCACACUCCUUCAUUUUCAUCUCCACAACCACAUAAUGGUGGGGACCAAGAAAACCAAGGAUGUGCAGUUCUAUGUGGAGGUGAUGGAUAUCGUUCAAACCAUUGGGGGUGGAAGGAGGUCCGCGUAUGACCCAGAUGAGAUUGAAGAAGAACAGAGGGAGAGGGAUCGGAAGAACAAAAUCAACAUGGGUUUUCAGAAUUUUGUGAAUCGAGUGAAUGAUAUCUGGAGCCAGCCCCAGUUCAAAGGUCUUGACCUGGAAUUUGAUCAACCUCUGAGAGAGCUUGGGUUUCAUGGUGUUCCCUACAAAUCAUCAGCCUUCAUAGUUCCAACCUCAAGCUGUUUGGUUGAGCUGAUAGAGACUCCAUUCCUUGUCAUCACCCUUGGUGAGAUAGAGAUUGUCAAUUUGGAGAGGGCAGGUUUUGGACAGAAGAACUUUGACAUGGCAAUUGUUUUCAAGGACUUCAAAUGUGACGUCAUGCGUAUAGAUUCCAUACCUAUAUCCUCACUUGACGGCAUCAAAGAGUGGCUUGACACCACAAACACCAAGUACUACGAGAGCAAGCUUAAUCUGAACUGGCGCCUCAUAUUAAAAACGAUCGUUGAUGAUCCACAGAAGUUCAUAGAUGAUGGUGGCUGGGAGUUCUUGAACUUGGAAGGGAGGGACUCUGAAACCGACAAUACAGAGGAAUCAGAUGGAGAGUUUGAGCCUACAGACGACGAACCCGAAUCAGAUUCUGAGGAUGAUGAGUCCGAGAGUGAAUCUAUGGUGGAGUCGGAAGAAGACGAAGAAGAGGAGUCGGAAGAGGAGAAAGGCAAAACAUGGGAAGAGUUGGAAACGGAGGCAAGCCAUGCGGAUAGGGAGAAAGGUGAUGAGUCAGACAGUGAGGAUGAGAGGCGACGAAGAAAGAACACUUUUAGUAAGUCAAGGGGGGCAGGGCCAAGUAGUAGUGCUGCUCCUCCCUCAAAGCGGCCUAAGUUCAGGUAAGAUCUGAUCCAACAUAGUUCCACUGCCACUACCAUUGAAAAUGUUGUCUAGGGAAGAAGUGAUAGACAGAAUAACAAUUACAUAAUUUAAUUGAUUAGAUUAUACAGAAUAUUAUUUUAACAGAUAGUUUAAUUAUUGUGAUAUAUUUAUAUUUAUGUCUUUUUCUUGUUGAGUGAAAUUAUAACACCUUAAAGAAGCCUCCAAUUUUUUUAUCCGAACUAUCGUGGGCUUUUUUUUUUGUUUAUUCCUUCCAAUGCCUGGUGGAGAGAUGGUACCCAACUAUCGCCAAACGAUAGUGAGGAAUAACUAGGGAUUGGAUGA